AUGGCUUGUGUGUUCAAUUUUUUGUAUGCAUUAUUGACAUUGCUAUUGUUGCUGCAUACAAGACUCAGUUUAGCCACUGAUGGUGAAGCACUGAAGAAGUGCAUCAAGAAGGAGAGGAAAGCUCUUCUGUUGUUCAAACAAGGCAUUUAUGUUGACUAUGGUAUGCAGUCCACAUGGAGGGACGGAGAUGAUGAAGAUUGUUGCAAUUGGAAAGGAGUUCAUUGUAGCAACCAAACAGGUCACGUUCAAAUUCUUGAUCUUCAUGGUUUAGAUUCACCUUUUUCAAGAGGUAUAAUUAAUAUUACUUUGUUGAGAGAGUUGCAUGAACUGAAACAUUUGGAUCUCAGUUACGAUAAUGUCAACCCAAGUGACAUCCCUCAGUCCAUAGAGUCCUUCACCAACUUAAGGUAUCUCAACCUCUCUAAUUCUUAUUUUGUUGGUAGUAUUCCCAUUCAAUUGGGAAAGCUUCCAAACUUACAAUAUGUUGAUCUGAGUAACAAUUACUUAGAUGGAGCUAUCCCUUGCCAAAUCGAAAAUCUUUCUAAGUUGCAGUACCUUAAUCUUGGAGGAAAUUAUCUUGUUGGAGUGAUUCCUUAUCAACUUGGGAAUCUCUCCAAGCUCCAUACUUUGCGACUCGGUGGUGAUUCUUCUAACCUCAUAGUAUUCGACAAAAACAAUGGUGAUGCAGAGUGGAUAUCAAACCUCUCUUUAUUAACAAAUAUUCUUGAGUUGAGUUAUGUAAGUGAUGUUGGCAAUUCUCAGGUGUGGCAGCACAUAAUUGGUAAACUUGUGCCGAAACUAAUAGGAUUGAGACUAAGAGGAUGUGGCAUUUCUCGUGUGCAUAACCUUCUUCUGUCUACUUCUCCUUCCAACUAUUCUUAUUCUCUUGUCACCCUUGAUCUCUCUUCUAAUAACUUGAACCCAUCAUUAUUUCAAUGGCCCUUCAACUUCAGCUCCAGCCUUCAACAGCUUUAUCUAAGCAAUUUAACGACAUUGAACUUUGGCUCAAAUCUUCAAGCACUUUAUUUGAGAGAUUGUGGCCUUACAUCAAAUAAUCUUAUCUUCACAUCCUUCAAUCCCAACUUUUCCUCUCUUGUCCGUCUUGAUCUCUCUUACAAUCAGUUGACAUCAUCAACCAUAUUCUAUUGGAUUUCCAACUUCACCUUCAAUCUUCAUGAACUAGACUUUAGUUACAAUUCGCACAGCAGUUCCAUUCUUGAUGGUUUUGGAAAUGUAAUGAAGUCUCUUGAAGUUCUUGAUCUCUUCAAUAAUAAUCUCCAAGGUGAAGUCCCAACAUCACUAGGAAAUAUAUGCACAUUGAAGAGCUUAACAUUUAGCUACAAUAAUUUCAGUGGGGACCUUCUGAGAUUCAUUUCUAAUAUAUCAUCGUGCAAUAGACAUUCAUUACAGAGUUUGGAUUUAUCGAAGAAGGAGAAUAAUAGUGCCCCUCCUCCACCGGAUCACAACUCCCCGAUGACAAAGGAAUCUUCAACAGCCACGCAGGCUAGAAGCGAAUCUGAGGGAGGGAUUUACGGCCCCCAUAUGAUUGUAAAGGGGGAUUUUAGCAAGAGAAUAUUCAAAUCUGAUUUGAAGAAUAUCAACAUGGAUAUCAUGGUUAAAAAAUCUCCAAGCUUGCAAAAUGGGUCUCAAAAUCAGUUAGGGACACAUGUCAUGAAGGAUAAUGAAGGAAAGGAUAAUGAUGGGGAAAACUUCAAGGGUGGAGCCACAAUAUUUGGAGUUGAAAGUAUUAUUAAGAAUAAGGAGAGAGAAUGGAGUUCGAUGGGACCUAGGAAGAAAGUCACAGGAAAGAGAAGAUUACGUGGCAAGGAUAAUAUUCCUAAAAUGAAAUAG